GCUGGUGGAUGAUGUGUGGCUGUUUCCUGCAUGCAUUUUUGAACCCAGAGAUGUGGAAAUGUUUCAUAAAUACUUCAAGAACCUAAACGCAAGAUUGACCUCUUGGUCAAGGUUGCAGCAAAUGUGACGAAGAUGCAAAAGGCAUGCAUUGAUUUUCUUUCGGCGUUAUCCGACGGGCGCUUUGACCGUGAGAUGUCUGAGGGCUUCCUCGCGCUGGAAAAGAGGAUGAUCCUUCAGGACACUACGCUGCAGCCACCUGGGUAUCACGUAGUCUACUCGAGAGGAACUAGAUAGCCGAAAACUCGUGAAACUCGGGUUCUCUGUCGCGGCAAGAACGCAGGUGUAUUCGCAAUGGUCAGCUUCCCACACAUUCCAUCGAAUCUAACGUCCUACCUGCGCGUAAGGGUCCCCAGGGCUGCUGGCUUGUGAAUGGGACAACGCCGUCCUGCGCUCAGCUCUCUCUGCCUACAGCGAGACUAUGCGGUACCUAGGUGCCCUACUAAAUGCACUGGCCAGCAGUUUGCGAGAACAGGGAGGGUGGGACAGGAAACCGAGGGAGAGGUGGAAGUGGAGUGAUGCCCCCUCCGUUCCGGAUUGCGGUGUUGGGCGCACAGGGGGUGGGCAAGACAUCCAUCGUGCAGCGCUUCCUCCGCGAUGACUAUAGCGAGGCACCGACGCCAGGCCAGAGCCGCAAGGUGCACCUGUCAGCAGCGGUGCUCAAUGGACACGUGCAUGACCUGCAGAUCACAGACUACCCCGCCAUCCCCAGCUUUCCAGGCAGCUCUCUACAGGAGUGGACUGACUCCUGCUGUCGAGGUAUUCGCAGCGCUCACGUCUACAUCUUGGUUUAUGACAUCUGCUGCUUUGACAGCUUUGAAUACGUCAAGACUAUGCGCCAACAGAUCUUAGAGACCAGGGUGAUUGGCACAGCUGAGGUGCCCAUUCUGAUCGUGGGGAACAAGCGGGACCUGCAGCGCGGUCGGGUCAUCCCGCGCCACAACGUGUCCGACCUGGUGCGCAAGACCUGGAAGUGCGGCUACGUGGAGUGCUCAGCUAAAUUCAACUGGCACGUGCUGCUCCUGUUCGGUGAGGCGCUGCGCAGCGUUGGCUGUGCCCGAUGCAAACACGUCAACGCCACCAUUCGCUUCCAGCAUGCACUCCGGAGGGAGCGCUGCGCUCUCAUGUGACUAGCGACUCGCCUUGCCUCCCACCUUCUCCCCUACGCCAUGCUCCGGUUCAGACCUACUUUUGCGGAGCAGUGGAUUCUUACCAGAGCAAAACGGUCUGCCAAGCCAAGAAGAAAACACCUAAACCUUCUUAUCCAAGUCCCAUCCUGUAUGUUUGUUUUAAAAAACAGACCACUGGCCAGUUAUGUGGCGCAAGCCUAAAACAAUAAUGAGUCAUCACGCCACAACGGUGAUAAUGCAGCGCAGCCCUCUGAAUUAUUCAUCUGACCAGGGUUAAGGAGCUGUCUUCUGUUGAUUGCUUGGCCAGCUAAACAGAUCUUCCAGCUCUAAUGAGCACAGUACUUUCUUCCUCUCCUGACUGUAGGAAUAUGUGAACGAUUUCGAUGGCAUUCAUUUCGCAUGUGUCCGCUUUUGCAGAUAAUCUAAGUUGUCUGAUAAAUGAUGUAAUUCGAUCUUUGAAGCAUUUUACAAGGGAUUCAUUACCAAAGGUUAUUCAUUGUAUGCAGAGGUAUCGGAGAAAAUCUUAAUUGCUUCCAGGAGCAACACCAACGUCAGAGAACAGAGAGAACUGUAACCUAGCCAGUUCAACUACAUGUGAAUGGUCAAACCAUCCAUACAUCGUUCUGAUUUCAACAUGGAAAAAAUGCUUCCUUUUAGUAACCAUAUGCACAAUAUCCACAGACCCACCAGGUCAAAUCUGGAUCCCAUUUGAGUUCGUAUCCAAAUAUGCAUCAACACCAAAUCUACCCAUGGGUAUGGUAUGAUUUACAUUUUUUGCCGUGUAGAUGCAAUGGUUUGAAAUUUAAUUUAAGAUGAGUAAAUGUAUGGCCUUCCGUCUUUUCAGUCCUUUGAUACUGCUGCCAGCCGGGGCUAUGGCUACUGAAAUGCACUACCUGUGUAAUGAGUAAAUGCUAGUGGACCGUCCGUCCCCUUUUAACUCCAAAUAGCCUACUGAGAUUGUUUCCAGUUGCCAGUUUCUAAUCUUCUCAGUUCAUUAUAAGAGGUUCUGCUGGAGACUUAAAAAGACCCUUGAGAUGACAGGGCAUUUGCUCUUUAGUGGUAAUAGUGGUGUGUUUUCAGUGAGAGGUGUGGUGUUACUCAGUGAAGUUUUUGCAUGCGUGUCAAGGCAGGUUAAUACAACUAAACAAAAUUGGAAAGACAGUGACUUUUAAGACUUAAACUUAAAUAUAGUAUUUUGAUUUGACUGCCCUGUAAAAGUAUACAUGUUUCACUUAAUGGCACGAAAAAUGACUGUGUGAGGAAACAACCUCAGCCCCAAAAUGUAAUGAAUGGGAAUUUCUUAUUCCACUCUAUCCUGUCCUGUCCAGAAGUGAUGCAUCCACUUCACACAGUACUUUGCAAUAAGGGUAAUGGUGUUAGUGUAGAAAUUAGAAUAGGAUUGUAUGGUUAAGAUUGAAAUGUUAUCAUCCAUGUUCAAUUCUUAGGGUCAAGUUUGUUGUGAUUUUUAUAAUGACCUUGAGUAAUGUUUAAGAAUUGAAGAGUGACCUUUUAAUUUUAAUAGAAUCAUCCAGAAAUGGCAAAGAGACCACAAAAUUGCUCCAACACAAUCUAUUCCAUGAAUAAAGUGCAUUCUUGAAAUGUGAAA